AUGGCUGCAUUGGGAACGGCACUAGAGGCACUCGCAAGAUUUGCAAUCCCAGCUGGGUUGGCUGUAGCCGGUCUAUCAAAUGCCAUGUACAAUGUGGAAGGAGGCCAUCGAGCAGUCCUCUUUGAUCGAGUACGAGGAAUCCUCCCAACCACCGUCGAAGAAGGCACUCACUUCCUCGUGCCCUGGCUCCAACGCUCCAUAAUUUACGAUGUUCGCACAAAACCUCGCAACAUUCCAACCACGACGGGAUCAAAAGACAUGCAGAUGAUCUCACUUACUCUGAGAGUUCUGCAUCGUCCAGACUAUGAGAAACUGCCAAUCAUUUAUCAGAGUCUCGGUGAAGACUAUGACGAACGUGUCUUGCCUUCCAUUGGUAAUGAGGUGCUCAAGGCUAUUGUCGCACAGUUUGAUGCUAGUGAGCUUAUUACCCAGAGAGAACUGGUAUCGCAACGUAUUCGUGAAGACUUGGUGAAGAGAGCUGGUGAAUUCAACAUUGUCCUUGAAGAUGUGUCUAUAACUCAUCUGACUUUUGGUAAAGAGUUUACAAACGCUGUCGAGCAAAAACAAAUUGCUCAACAAGAAGCAGAACGAGCUCGAUUCGUAGUCGAAAAAGCAGAACAAGAGAAAUUAGCUGCCAUCAUUCGAGCUGAAGGUGAAGCUCAAGCUGCAGAUCUCAUUGGUCAGGCUCUGACACGAGCUGGUCAGGGACACGUUGAAUUACGUCGUAUUGAAGCUUCAAAGGAAAUCGCUACUCAAUUAAGUCAGUCUCGUAACGUUACAUACUUGCCUGGUGGUAGGAAUGCCAGCAAUCUAUUGUUGAAUGUUGGAGGCAAUUAA